ACAGCCUGUUGUUUUAAGCCUGAAACGAAGAUUAAACAUUAUAUUUACAAAUCCCACAGCAAAGCAACUCUUUUUAAAUCAGAUUUAUUAAAAAAAUAAUUGAACACAACCUCAAAUUUGCUGAUUAAAACUCAAUGAAGUUAUGCAAAGAUGAACAAUGUUCUUAUUUUUGAGCGUCUCUGAGUCCCAGUGACAUGCUCAUUGUAAGGGGGGCUGGAAAAUGUUUCAUCAGAUUAUUGGCCACUUGCUGAUCAGGCCCAAACUCCUCCCUGCAGAAUAUAACCGUCCACCACACAUUAACUAUCAAUCGCACCGAUCCUCCGGACUCGCUCUGAGCAGCAUGUUUCAGGAGAUUGCGGCCUUUGUUUUGACCACGUCGGGCUGGGUGUUGGUGUCCUCCACCCUGCCGACCGACUACUGGAAGGUCUCAUCGCUCGAUGGAACGGUGAUCACCACGGCUACCUACUGGUCCAAUCUAUGGAAGACCUGCGUCACCGACUCAACCGGAGUCUCCAACUGCAAAGACUUCCCCUCGAUGCUGGCUCUGGACGGUCCGAUCUUCUUGUUAUUGUUGCUUUUAUUCAAAUAAAUGAUACAUCUUUGAUCAUAACCUUAUUUAUUAACUUUAACUUUAACUUUAUUCACAUGUUCCAUUUAAUUUAUAACAUUGAAAGACUUUUUUUUUUAUUCUAAAACUUUUUAAACCUUAUUGUAUUUUUUUGUUUUCUCGUCUUUACGUUAAUUUUCUGACGGGCCUCAAAAGCCCAGAUGAAAUCUGAUGAUUAAACUCUCAUUCACUUAAAAAAAAUGUCAACGUUUAGCUUUUGUUCCUGCAGCUUGGAAGCUACAAAAGAGAUUUAGGAACCUCGGGCAGUUUUGACCAUGCAAGGCUGAUUUCAGAGGUUAACUUCCAAAGCUAAUAUUUGCCUCAGCAUCAUGUUUGAUUGACACGCUUCAUUCCAACACAGCAAA